AUGUUCUCGUUAAUCCACACACCAGCCUCUCGUCUGUUGAUAAAGCCUACUGCCGUGCUCUUCAGCCGGACAUUCUUUGGAUGGUUCACUAAAUACAACAAAAAGCUCAUCUAUCCGCCUCCUCCCAGUCAGAUCUCCACAAGGAACAGACUUUUCCCCACAUACAUCGAGUCACCCACGGAAUUGGGCACUCUUGUCUUGACCAAGGACCCCUUAUUGUUGAAUUUUACUUUUCCAGGAGACCCUGAGUGCAACAAGGUCACUCAAUCGCUCUUUGACAUUCUCAGCAAUUCCAAACAGUAUCCAUUGGACUCAUCCAAGCCAGUGGAAUUGGCCAACAUUGCUUGUGACUCAGUUGGGGGAAGAGAGCUUCAGCAUACUUAUGCUGUGGGAAAGAUCCCGUCAAUUGUAUUGUUGAAGAAGCAGAUGGUCGCUGACCGGUUUAUUCCCACUUCCACUGAUAGAGUUGGAGAGGAGUUGAAGCUGUGGAUAAAGACCAUCUACUAA